GGGGCGGGGCUAUGGAGAGGAGGAGGAAGAUGGCGGGAGGGCGGCUCUGAGGAGACCUCGGCGGCGGCGGAGGAGGAGAGAAGCGCAGCGCAGCGCCGCGCCGGGGCCCAUGUGGGGAGGAGUCGGAGUCGCUGUUGCCGCCGCCGCCGCCAGUAGCUGCUGGACCCGAGUGGGCGUAAGGGGGAAACGGCAGAAUGAAGUUCGCCGAGCACCUCUCCGCGCACAUCACUCCCGAGUGGAGGAAGCAGUACAUCCAGUAUGAGGCUUUCAAGGAUAUGUUGUAUUCAGCUCAGGACCAGGCACCUUCUGUGGAAGUUACAGAUGAAGACACAGUAAAGAGGUAUUUUGCCAAGUUUGAAGAAAAGUUUUUCCAAACCUGUGAAAAGGAACUUGCCAAAAUCAACACAUUUUAUUCAGAGAAGCUUGCAGAAGCUCAGCGCAGAUUUGCUACACUUCAAAAUGAGCUUCAGUCAUCACUGGAUGCACAGAAAGAAACCACUGGUGUUACCACACUGCGACAACGCAGAAAGCCAGUCUUCCACCUGUCCCAUGAGGAACGUGUCCAACACAGGAACAUUAAAGACCUUAAACUGGCGUUCAGCGAGUUCUACCUCAGUCUUAUUCUGCUGCAGAACUAUCAGAAUCUGAAUUUUACAGGGUUUCGAAAAAUUCUUAAAAAGCAUGACAAGAUACUGGAAACAUCUCGUGGAGCAGAUUGGAGAGUGGCUCAUGUAGAAGUGGCCCCAUUUUAUAUAUGCAAGAAAAUCAACCAGCUCAUCUCUGAAACUGAGGCUGUAGUGACCAAUGAACUUGAAGAUGGUGACAGACAAAAGGCUAUGAAACGAUUACGUGUACCCCCUUUGGGAGCUGCUCAGCCUGCACCAGCAUGGACUACUUUUAGAGUUGGCCUCUUUUGUGGAAUAUUCAUUGUACUGAAUGUUACCCUUGUGCUUGCCGCUGUAUUUAAACUUGAAAAAGAUAGAAGUGUGUGGCCCUUGAUAAGAAUAUAUCGGGGUGGCUUUCUUCUGAUUGAAUUCCUUUUUCUACUGGGCAUCAACACGUAUGGUUGGCGACAGGCUGGAGUAAAUCAUGUGCUCAUCUUUGAACUUAAUCCAAGAAGCAAUUUGUCCCAUCAGCAUCUCUUUGAGAUUGCUGGAUUCCUUGGAAUACUGUGGUGCCUGAGCCUUCUGGCAUGCUUCUUUGAUCCAAUUAAGGUCAUCCCCACCUAUGUAUAUCCACUUGCCCUUUAUGGAUUUAUGAUUUUCUUUCUUAUCAACCCCACCAAAACUUUCUAUUACAAAUCCCGGUUUUGGCUGCUUAAACUGUUGUUUCGAGUAUUUACAGCCCCCUUCCAUAAGGUAGGCUUUGCUGAUUUUUGGCUGGCUGAUCAGCUGAAUAGCCUGUCAGUGAUACUGAUGGACCUGGAAUACAUGAUUUGCUUCUACAGUUUUGAGCUCAAAUGGGAUGAAAGUAGGGGCCUGUUGCCAGAUGAUUCAGAAGAACCAGAAAUUUGCCACCAAUAUUCAUAUGGUGUGCGGGCCAUUGUUCAGUGCAUUCCUGCUUGGCUUCGCUUCAUCCAGUGCCUACGCAGAUACCGAGACACAAAAAGAGCCUUUCCUCAUUUAGUUAAUGCUGGCAAAUACUCCACAACUUUCUUCACGGUGACGUUUGCAGCCCUUUACCAAACUCACAAAGAACGAGGUCACUCAGACACCAUGGUGUUCUUUUACCUGUGGAUCGUCUUUUGCAUCAUCAGUUCCUGCUAUACCCUCAUCUGGGAUCUGAAGAUGGACUGGGGUCUCUUUGAUAAGAAUGCCGGAGAAAACACCUUUCUCCGGGAAGAGAUUGUCUAUCCCCAAAAAGCCUAUUACUACUGUGCCAUCAUUGAGGAUGUGAUACUGCGCUUUGCUUGGACUAUCCAAAUCUCAAUUACCUCCACGACUUUGUUGCCUCAUUCUGGGGACAUCAUUGCUACUGUCUUUGCUCCCCUUGAGGUCUUCCGGCGAUUUGUAUGGAACUUCUUCCGCCUGGAGAAUGAACAUCUGAAUAACUGUGGUGAAUUCCGUGCUGUGCGGGACAUCUCUGUGGCCCCCCUCAAUGCAGAUGAUCAGACACUCCUGGAGCAGAUGAUGGACCAGGAUGACGGGGUACGAAACCGCCAAAAGAACCGGCCGUGGAAGUACAGCCAGAGCAUAUCCUUGCGCCGGCCUCGCCUCGCUUCUCAAUCCAAGGCUCGUGACACAAAAGUAUUGAUAGAAGACACAGAUGAUGAAGCUAACACUUGAAUUCUCAGAAGUCUAGAUUAACAUCCUUGGUUUUCCUUCUCUUCAAUUCUUUCCUCGACCAACGCAACCUCUAAUACCUUUCCAACUGACACAGAAGACACAUAACACAUUUUCCGAGCUCUUCCAGAUCGGAUCCUAUGGACUCCAAACAAGCUCACUGUGUUUCUUUUCUUUUCUUCUGGUUUAAUUUUAAUUUUCUAUUUUUAAAACAAAUAUUUACUUCAUUUUGCCAAUCAGAGGACAUUUUAAGGAACAGAAACAUAGUAUCCUAUGGAUUGUUUACAAUCACAAGGACACAGAUACCUAUCAGGAUGACGAACAGGACACAAGGACCCUCUGAUGGGACGGUACCGAGAUAUCUCGGCUUCUUCUUGGCCCGGUUUUGACUGGUUGAAACCGGACACUGGUUUUUAAAUUUUUUUGUCAGUUUAUGUGGAGAAUUUUUUCCUUUCCUUCAUACCCAGCGCAAAGGCACUGGCCGCACUUGCAGGGAAAGUGCAACUUAGAGCAGUACCUUCAUUCACGAAGCUACUUUUUAAUUUGAUGUAACUUUUCUUAUUUUGGGAAGGGUUGCUGGGUGGGUGGGAAAUAUGAUGUAUUUGUUACGUAUUAUUUUCUCAUUAUUUAUGAAACUUAACCAUAAGAGAACGAUAUAACUCCUGUGCAAUGAAGGUGAUAACAGUGAAAGAAGACAGGGGAAACUAAUGUUGAACGGCACUUAUGAGGGUUCAGUCCCAUAAUACCUCUUUCAUGAGACAACUCGCACCAGUUUGGCUUUUUCUUUUCAUUUCUUUUUCAUUUUAAACCAAAGUUUCUAUUACUGAUUUUUUCAGUUGCUGCUGCUUUAGAAUUCUAAGCGUAUCUCUCGUAACACACUUUCACACAAUUGGUUGAAAUUUAUAGAAAAGGUUCUGAUACUUUUUUUUUUUUUAAGGAACAAAUGUGGAAUAUAUUUGCCCAUAUCCAGUCACAACAACUGAAGUUAUGCCUUAUUACGCUUCCGCGUGUAGGGUAAUUGCAGUGAAAGCUUUACUAACUAACUCUGAAUUAGAAGACAAAGGUAUUUCAGAGACUUUCUGCACCCUCAUUUUUCUUCUGAGCUCACUCACUUGAGCCACAGUUUGAUCAAAUUAGAAGUCUGUUGUGGAGAAAAGAUAUUUUUGAGCACAUAGAACAAAUUAUCCUUCCUUCUUCACAGUACGUUGAUAAAACAGCCAUUUCUCCCAGCAGUUUUAAAGACUGAACAUUGGAUUUCAUGCUCUCCCAUGACAGAAAAUCUGCUUUUCAAUUUUUAAGGUCUAAACUUGGUAAUAUAUAAAAAAAUGCAUUAGAAAUUUCAGACUAUUCUGUACACAAUGCCCAUUUCUACUUCCUUGUCUCAUUUUUUCACUUUGUUCCAGAGUCAUCCAAAUAAGUCUUAAAACCAUAAGGGAUUUUACUUUCUUGAAUAUGGUUGGCAUUAAAUUCAGUGUUUCUUUAUCUAACAAAAUUAAUAUAAAUACCAGGAAAAAAUAAAGUGUGUUUUAAUUCAGCUCCCCUAAUCCAGAUGAAGAUUUCAAAGUAUCCAUUUCUACCUGUUAGAUUUAUAGCAGUUGUCAUACUGAGAGUACUUCCACAUUAUAUACUUUUCUGUUCCUGAUUAUCUGUGCUAUUCAGAGUCAACAUCACUGGAUUCAUCAAAGUAAAUUACUUCUGUCAUUUUCUACUUAAUGUUAAAAAAAGAAAUAAGUAGAAGGAGCAGCUAUUAUCACUUAGUCUUAAAAACAUAUGGUUACUGCCCUUCAGUGCACCCCUUUUGUCAUUAACUCUUCUCCCAUGUAUCACAAGUCUUUAUUCAGCACUGUCAUAAUUCCAGUAGAUUAUCUUAAAGUUAAUAUUAAUACCAAAAUUCUGUCAAUUAACUGACAAAUAGUUUAUUUUUAAGGAAGUUUCUUCCAUCUUUGUUCUGACAAUCUUCUAAAAUUUGUUCCUUUUCAGAAUUGAGAGGGUUUUUUGUUUGUUUUUCUGAAAAAUCAUCCAAUUUUGUGACUUUUAUUGCUUUUUUGUGCUUUACCAAGCAUGUCCCUUGGCCCAAAACUAAAGAAAUGUUUAAUUACUGAGUUGUUUUUUUUUUUUUUUUUGGCGGGCGGGGGUGUCUUUUUUUAGUUUUAAUAAGUUUAAUCAUUUAUAACAAUCAGUGGUAACAAUUUAGUGACCCUUGGUAGAUUAAAGGUUGGAUUAUUUAUAUUUGGGAUUUUUUUUCCCCUAACUAUUCUGUUUUGUACUAUGGGGAAAGUAUCACUUGGUCUGUCAAGAAAUAGCAGUAAUUAUUACUGAGUUAUAUAGAUAAGUCCAGUGGACCGGUCAUUGCUUGUACAAAUAAAAUUGGUGGUACUAAUGUGUAUCCAGAGCCAUGUGAACUGUAAACUUCAUUCUCUGUUAGGGAAUCUGUGAAGACACACAAAAUGGUACAGUUGACUUCUGGUAUUUGAACUUCCCGGUAUUUUCACUUCACUGUAUCCUGUGGCCAGUUUGGUUUUCUUCAACUAUUAGAGUUCUAGGCCGUAAACAGUAUUACUCCUUUUUUUUUUUCAUGGAAAUACAUGUUACAAUGUAUCCCUUUUUCUGAUGUGUUUGUCCUGUUGGCAUAGUCUAUUCAAGAAUGAAAAGGCUUGUGUAACUUUCAGCCUCCAUGACAGAUGCUCAAAUAUGUAUUUAAACAUACAGCUUUAUGUUCCUCUUACAACUGUAAUGAGAGAAGUUUUCUGCAUCAGGGAAGUUUGGGAAGCUGAGUAUACAUUUAAAAUUUUUUUACUUACAAAAGGCAACGUCCAUUUUUCUCUCUUAGUUUUUCUAUACCUUAACAGUCUGGCAGAUGCUAUGCCCUGCCUAAAGUUUUACUGGACUCCGUCCACUGCAUCUCUCAAUAGAAAUCAGUCAUUUUAAAGGAGAAACAGUCCAACCAAAGGUAAACUUUAUCUGAUUUUAGGUUUAGAAAUUCUAGUUUCUUUUUUAUUUGAGGAACACUCAAUGUAUGAUAAUCAGUUAAAAUACUUCCCAAAGGAACAAAAAGGUAGUAUAAAUAAAAAGUAAAAUUCAUUUUUCAUUUUACAUUAGUAUGGAAAGCAUUGAUAGGUGUAGAGAAAUUAGAAGACAAAGAAAAUUGGUUUAUUUUCUGUGCACAAAUGAGCACCUGUAUUUAAGGCUGUGUACACUGUUACAGUGGAAGAGUUGAUGAUUUCAUACCAUACAGAGAGGCAGUAAAAUGACCAAAGAUUAAGUCAUUAUUAAUAAGGUUAUAAUGGUCAUUUGUAAGAUUGGGAAGAAUUCAGAAACCUAUGUGCAACUUUCUUUUCCAGCAUCUACCAUUUGACUCCUUAGGAGAGCUGCUUAGCUUCAGAUUCAGAUGCAGUGGUAUGAGAGGAGAACAGCAGUCAGCCCAGCAGUAGACUGUAUGAACUUUUAAAGAAGGAAAAUGGGGCCCUGCCCCUAGAAUCCAUGAUUUCCCAAUAUUCUAAACAGUUCUGAGAUUUUAACUGAGCUUUUACUAGAGGAAACUUGUUUAUAUAUGGUAUUCUUCCACCAUGGUUUGACCAGAGUACAUUCAGGAUAACUAGAGAAAGUUCAUCCAUCUCUUUUAACAGGUGAGCUAAGGCAAGGUAAAAAUAGAAAAAAGUAAGCUAUUAUUGAGCCUGCAGUGAUCAGAUUAACAGGCAUUUAGUUAAAGAGAAAUAAAAUCAUUUUGGAGCUAGCAGAGAAACUCAAGAGAGCUUUGGAGCUUGGUAGCAAAAGAAGAGCAGUUAAGAAAGUGUGUGAGCUUGAUGACACGGAGAUGAUGAUGCUCCAUCUCUCCUUUCUAGGAUUAUUAUGUUGCUGGUAGACACCUGCCUUUAUUUUCAUGCCAUUAUUUUAUUCAGAAACUUAGGAUUCUCUGAAGUGAUUACACUUUAUUUGGUAAACAUUUCAGAUUGUAAUUGUUUUAGUAGUUUGCAAGAAACUUGCCUAACUCCCUCAAAAAAUAAGUACUUCUUACUGUAAUCAUGUUGAGCCUAUGGCUUUCUCAACUAUAAAAUCAUCAUGUUCUCAGAUCUCACCAGAAACCAGUGUCAUUACAGGUAAGGUCUGUACUAACUAGGUGAAGACUAGAAGUUCUUGUAGAACUUUUGAAAAAAUUUGGUAAAUCAAAUUUAUCAGUUUAGUUCAUUUUCUUAUUCUGAUGAGUCUAAAAUUUAUUUGCUUGUGGCCAUUAGCUGAAGCACAGAGAGUUAAAGUAAGGUUUUCUGAAUUACUUAAACACACAUAUAUUUCUGCAUUUCAGACAUCCGUCUUGAUAGUAAAUCUUAAAACCCCAACUUUCUACAUUGUAUUUUAAGUCAGAGCGCAGUGGUGAUAUGGGAUAGAGUUGACUGACUAUAUUAAAGCAUAAGAAAUUUGUGCUGGUCCAUGUUAUAAACCAAUCAUUAACCAGCAUUAAACCACACACUAACCAAAUUUGAAAAAGUAAAAGCAG